CCCCUCGCUCGCAUGAAUCACUCACAAAAAACGAAAAUCUCCUCGUCAUCCCGUUCCUUUCUCGUCGCCGAUGGCCACCGUCGACGGCAAGAGUUGGGUGAGCGUCACCGCCUUCGCCAUCUCAGCCGCCGCCAUCUCCAUCGCUGCUGCAAUCUUUUCAGUUUCUUCUCGCAGGCGAAAAUGCGAGCGAUUAGCUUCUCGUGUACGCGAGCUGGAGGACUCUCUCGGCGCUUCUAUAGAGAAGGCUGCCUCUGAGAGGCGUGGCCGAGUUAGAGCUCAAAAGGAGCUGAGGGAAGCUUUAGCUUUGCGUAGCUCUGAUGGGUCGAAACCUGGUUCUUGUUCUUCUUAUCCCAUGGCUCCAAUUGGCGUUGCUCAGUCGUGUUUUUCUACUAGAAAUGGGACACCGAGGCAACCUUUGCUUGUACCCCUUUCGAGGGCAUGCUUGGUGCUUGACCCGAGUCGGGUUCCUGCAGAAGCUUUAGAAGGCCUUUCUGGAUACUCCCAUUGUUGGAUUCUUUAUGUAUUUCAUCUGAACACUAACCUUGAGAAGUAUUGGAAACAACCAUCUCGGUCGAAAUUCAAGGCAAAGGUGAGAGUGCCUAGGUUAAAAGGUGGGAAGAUGGGAGUCUUUGCGACAAGAUCUCCACACAGGCCUUGUCCUAUUGGCCUUACUGUUGCAAAGGUGCUGGCAGUUGAUGGGCAUGCAGUUUUGCUUUCGGGUGUGGAUUUGGUUGAUGGCACCCCAAUACUUGAUAUCAAGCCUUACCUGCCAUAUCCAGAUUGCGUCUGUAGUGCAACUGUGCCGGAGUGGUUGAAGGAAGAGAAUGCAUUAGCUGUGGGUUCUGUGAGCUUCUCUGUGGAUUUCCCUUCGUCUCUUUUCAGUUGUUGGGCCAUCACUGAGAAGCAUUCAUUAUACUCUUCUGCCAAAGAAUUCCAAAGUUUGAUCAAAGAGGUGCUUUCUUGGGACAUAAGAUCACUGUCUCAAAAAACUCGACCUCAUGAAGUGACCUCAAAGAAUGAGAGCAAUGGAGGAGUUGACCAUUUAGAUACCGAUGAUGGCGAUGGCCAUGAAUCAGACAAAUAUGUCAACAUUAAUGCAUCAUCAUCAAGGUCACUGGCCGACGUAACUUAUCACUUAAUCCUGGAUGGAAUUGAUAUUUCAUACAAAAUUGAUUAUGAGAAUAAUAUUAUGGUCGAGAGAGCCACUGUUAUCCGCGAUGCCAAAAGCUGUAGAAAUUACCAGUAUAGCUAUGUGAAUUGGAGGGAGAAGUUGGAGCAGGAAAAAUGACAGUUUUGCGCCUUGUAGAUAAAUUUAUGCUUUCCAGUUCCUAUUGCAGACUUAUAUACUGAUUGUUAAGAGUCACUUUACUACUGAGUGAAUUUUGUAUUGUUUAGAUAUAUGUCUCAUAUAUACAAAUAUUGGAUUGCCAGUAUAUGGAUUUUGCAUUCUUGUUCUUAA